GUAAUAUUACAUUUAUAUUUUCAGAGAUUCUCUUGGGCUUCUUAGUCUCAAAAAUCGAGAUUCUUGAUUUAAAGAGAUCUAGAAGAUUUGUUCUUGUUUUUAGUUUCCAGUUUUUGGUAUCUAUCACCUAUUCACUAAUUGCAUGCCAAAUUUGUUGAUGUUUUCUUGUCUUCCCAUUCUCUUGUUUUCCCAUUAGCAUUUCCAAUUAAGACAUUCUCUCUUGCAACAUGCAUAUAAUCCUAUGGAUUCACAUUCUUCUUCCAUCUUCUAUAGUGCAGCCAUGGUUACAGCAUACUUAAUGAGGUCUGAGCAGCUAUCAUAUAAAGAUGCAAUUGAAUUGUUAUCUCAAAGCUGCGAUUCUGUUUGCCCCAAUGAUGGUUUUGUAGAUCAGUUGAAAAUGUUUGAAGAAAUGGGCUUCAAGGUUAAUCAUGCCAGUUCCAUUUACAAACGGUUUCACUUAAAAAAAUUAGGUGAGAGCUAUAAUUGUGGGGAAACAAUAGAUGCAUCCAAGUUUGCAGAAGAUCCUGCUUUGCCACCAAGAACACAAAAGAUCACCCCGUUUGUUGAUGAUGAGCAGAAGUCCUCGAGUAUGAAAGCUGCCAUUCCUACUCAAGCAUACCGCUGCAAGAAAUGUAGGAGGAUAGUUGCACUGCAAGACAAUGUUGUUGAUCAUGUUCCUGGAGAGGGUGAAUCGGCUUUUGCAUGGUCUAAAAGGAGAAAUGGCCUUCCUUUUGACAAAGGAGACGACAAUGAGUGUUCAUCCCUCUUUAUUGAGCCUCUUCAGUGGAUGACAACAGGAGAUAAAUGACAGAAUGACGCUAUCAUCACAUAAAAGUUCGUUUUGAAUACAGCCAGCUUGGUAAAGAGUAUUUUCGCUAAUAUGCUUGCUUUGGU